GCAGUGAGCGCGCGUGUAGGAAUAGACGCACGCACCAGAGCACAUUCAGUGCACACAUCACAUAAACACAAACGUGCACGACGAGUUGGUGAGAGAGGGAGGGUGGGGAGCGAGAGCGCGAGAUAGCAAGAAGCUGGUCCCAUGCAUGAACGCUGCGCAGGCUUCAGGAGCUCUCUGCUGGUCCAUAAACGCGCGCGCUUCCAGCCAGCCUCUUCCUUCUCCUUAGCCCAGGGACGGCAAUGACAGGAUACCGAGAGCUGUGAUCUCAUUGAGGCUGCUGGAGCCCCCACCAUGUGCGGGGCCAGCAGAGAUUGCAGUGGAGAAUCAGCCGCAGGCGCACGCACAAUGAAGGUUGGAUUACUACAACAUUGAUGUUCUUUGCAGCAGCAGCAGCACCGUAGAAAGUCAGAACACCGUGGAAUUUCACUCAGUUCUUUUCAUUUUGGGGGACACGCUGGAAAUAAUUGCUCUCCAGAUAUUGGGUGGUUUGUCACCCCGCCUGCUGAGCAGUGUUUGAGAGUGAGCACCAUCCGAGGCUGCACGCUUUCUCAAAGGAAAAGGGGGACUCUUACAAUGGCAUCUCACGCUACUAUUUUGGAGCUCUGUGGAAGGGAGAUGUUGGGCUGAAGUGGUUCGGAAUUAUGUCCCUCAGCAGCAACAGAAGCAAGAGGAGGAGUAGAAGGAGCAGCGGCUGUGGCAGUCAUGCUGUGCUGCUUUCCUUAACUCUACUGGUGGUGGUGACCUACAUCACCGACCCCGUGGUGGCUCAAAAACAGCGAAGUGGAGGUGCCUCUGAAAAAGUGCCAGUCCUAAAUAUUGCGGUGAUUCUCGGUCGCACACGAUACAUCUCUGACCGAGACAUCCGAGCGUUAUGGAGCAAAGAGGAGCCUGUCGAUGUCAAUGUGGUCAGUCUGCUUGUGAAUGAGACCGACCCAAAAAGCAUCAUUACCCACAUGUGCGACCUGAUGUCCGGGACAAAGAUCCAUGGCGUGGUGUUCGGGGAUGGCACGGACCAGGAGGCCAUCGCCCAGAUAUUGGAUUUUAUUUCUUCCCAGACACUCAUACCCAUCCUGGGCAUUCAUGGAGGCUCGUCCAUGAUCAUGGCCGAUAAGGAUGUGAAGUCGACAUUCUUCCAGUUUGGUGCUUCCAUCCAGCAGGAGGCUCUGCUGAUGCUGAACAUCAUGGAGGAGUAUGACUGGCACAUCUUCUCCAUUGUUACGUCAAAGUUCCCCGGCUACCAGGAAUUCAUCAACAUUCUAAAAACAACUGUAGACAACAGUUUUGUUGGCUGGGACCUGCAGAAUAUCAUCACCCUGGAUGCAGUGGAGGAAGACAGCCGGUCUCAGAUCAUGUUGAAGAAGGUUCAGUCACCGGUAGUUGUGCUUUACUGCUCCAAGGACGAGGCUGUCUACAUCCUGGAGGAGGCUCGCUCUCUGGGCCUCACAGGUUUUGGUUACAUCUGGAUCGUACCUUCUCUGACCACUGGGAACCCGGAGAUAACACCAGAAGAGUUCCCGUCAGGAAUGAUUUCGGUCUCUUAUGAUGACUGGGAUUAUCCACUUGAGGCACGUGUGCGUGAUGGUUUGGGGAUCAUAACAUCAGCAGCAGCUGCCAUGUUGGAUGAGUACGGUGACAUCCCCGAAGCGAGGACGUCUUGCUACGGCCAGAUGGAAAAAACCAGCAAGCUGCCACCUAGCGCACUGCACAAGUACAUGAUGAAUGUGACAUGGGAAGGCAGAGACUUGUCUUUCACAGACGAUGGAUAUCAAGAGCAUCCAAAGCUGGUGGUCAUUGUUCUUAACAAGGAAAGAGAGUGGGAGAAGAUGGGGAAGCUGGACAAUGGCAGCUUGACGCUGAAGUAUCCGGUUUGGCCACGCUUCAACUCCUUUGGUGAUGCUGAGCUUGACGACAACCACUUGUCCAUCGUCACGUUAGAAGAGAAGCCAUUUGUCAUUGUGGAAGAUGUCGAGAGACUGACUGGUACCUGCAUGAGGAACUCUGUGCCCUGCAGGAAACAUAUCAAAGACAACACAACUGAGGCUGGUGGGACAUACAUUAAGAAGUGCUGUAAAGGCUUCUGCAUUGACAUUUUGAAGAAAAUAGCCAAGUACGUCAAGUUCACCUAUGACCUGUACCUAGUAACCAAUGGCAAACAUGGAAAGAAGAUUAACAAUGUCUGGAAUGGGAUGGUGGGAGAGGUGGUCUAUAAGAAAGCCGUCAUGGCCGUCGGAUCUCUGACGAUCAAUGAGGAGCGUUCUGAGGUCAUCGAUUUCUCCGUCCCGUUCGUGGAAACUGGGAUCAGCGUCAUGGUGUCCCGUAGUAAUGGAACCGUGUCCCCUUCAGCCUUUCUUGAGCCAUUCAGUGCAUCAGUGUGGGUGAUGAUGUUUGUGAUGCUCCUACUGGUGACUGCAAUGGCUGUUUUCAUGUUUGAAUACAUCAGUCCUCUCGGCUUCAACAGAAACCUGGCACAGGGAAAAGACCCCCAUGGGCCCUCUUUCACCAUGGGGAAAGCUGUGUGGCUACUCUGGGGUCUUGUCUUCAACAACUCUGUCCCGGUGCAAAAUCCGAAGGGAACCACCAGCAAGUUCAUCGUGUCUGUGUGGGCCUUCUUCGCUGUCAUCUUCCUGGCUUCCUACACAGCUAACUUGGCCGCUUUCAUGAUCCAGGAGGAGUUUGUCGAUCAAGUCACUGGGCUGUCUGACAACAAGUUUCAGAACCCAUAUGCAUACUCACCACCAUUCCGCUUUGGCACGGUUCCAAACGGAUCUACUGAGAGGAACAUCAGAAAGAACUACCCUUCCAUGCACCAGUACAUGGUCAAGUAUCACCAAACAGGAGUUCAGGAUGCACUUGUCAGCCUAAAAUCUGGUAAACUGGAUGCCUUCAUCUAUGAUGCCGCAGUGUUGAACUACAUGGCAGGCAGAGAUGAGGGAUGUAAGCUGGUGACCAUUGGAAGCGGGUACAUCUUUGCCACCACUGGAUAUGGCAUUGCGCUCCAAAAAGGCUCCUACUGGAAACGACAGGUGGAUCUGGCUAUUCUGGCAAUUAUUGGAGAUGGUGAAAUGGAGGAAUUGGAAGCUCAGUGGUUGACUGGCAUUUGCCACAAUGAGAAGAAUGAGGUGAUGUCCAGUCAGUUGGAUGUGGACAACAUGGCAGGGGUGUUCUACAUGCUAGCCACUGCCAUGGGACUAUCACUCAUCACGUUUGUCUCUGAGCAUCUCUUCUACUGGAGGCUCAGAUAUUGCUUCACUGGGGUCUGCUCAGGCAGGCCUGGUCUUCUCUUCACCAUUAGCAGGGGUAUCUGGAGUUGCAUCCAUGGAGUUCACAUCGACAUGAAGAAAAAGACAGAUCUGGACUUUAGUCCGCAAGACAAGAUGCUCAAGCUCAUUAAGUCAGCCAAGCACAUGACCAACAUGUCUAACCUGGCUGGCUCUCACAUGAACUCACCCAAACGUGAGUUCAUGCACUCAGCCGGCCCCAUGAUAAUGGACAUGAUGGCAGAAAAAGGCAACUUCAUUUAUGCUGACAACCGAAGCUAUGCGCCCAAAGAUAUGAUGUAUGGCGAUACAGGCGACUUGCAGUCUUAUCUUGCUACCCGCCACAAGGACCACCUGAACAAUUACAUCUUCCAAGGUGGCCAGCAUCCUCUCACCUUGAAUGAUGCCAAUCCAAACUCUGUAGAGGUAGCAGUUAGUGCUGACACGGUCCAGACCAAUGCCAAACCGCCUCGCACCCUGUGGAAGAAGUCUGUCGACACACUCCGCUCUGUGCCACCCGGAUCCUCGCCCAUGCCUGACAUGCUAAUGCCAGACCCACGAAUGUCAAUGAAGACGCAGCGCUACCUCCCCGAGGAUACAGCUCACUCUGAUAUCUCUGACUGUUCCAGCAGAGCAGCUUCCUACAAGGACCCAGAAAACAACAAGCACCUGAAAUCCAAGGACAAUUUAAAAAAAAGACCCGUGACUUCCAAAUAUCCAAGAGACUGUAGUGAGGUGGAGCUUUCCUACUUAAAAACUAAGCAGGUCAGCGGUGGAACCAACCAACUUGGGCGAGCUGGAGGCGAGAAGAUCUACACGAUUGACUCUGACCGGGAGAUGAGCUUGCACUCGGACCCCAUACACUACCGUGAGAGUCGUGGCCUCGCUACGGAUGAUUUAGAAUAUCCUGAAAUCUACUCUGACCACAGUGAUAAUUAUCGAAAAUGUGAUCAGCCCAUCAUCCAUUUGAACUCAUCACCGCUGCAUCACACAGAUUCAGAUCUUCUGCCGGACCCAACUUACUCCAAACACUACAGUUUGAAAGAGAAAAACCUUUCCCCGCAUGAAUCAAUUGAUCGCUACAAACAGACACAUUGCCGUUCGUGUUUGUCAAAGGUUACUGCUGGCUAUCCACCGGCAGGGACCUACACCCCAACAGGAUCUGCCUCUGCUUCCUCUACACGCUCUCCGUAUAACCGGUGUGAGGCAUGUCUCCACACAGCCAACCUGUAUGACAUUAGUGAGGACCAGCUACUUGCAGAUAAUUUGGUCAGCCCCACCGUCCAUCACCAACAGCAGCAGCAACCUGAUGAGAUGUUUGGUUUGUUUUGGCCGCAAACAGAUGGGCCACAUGUCCAGAAGAGAAACCGCUUGAGGCUUAACCGUCAGCACUCCUUUGACAACAUAUUGCUAGAAAAACCUAAGGAUUCAGACCUUGGCAGACCGGCGCGCAGUGUCAGCCUCAAGGAGAAAGAUCGCUUUCUGGACUCCACAUCUGACUCCCACUAUGCGAACCUCUUCAACAUACGUCCCUACUCCGGCAGACUUUUUGGCACCGGAUCCAAAUCGAUGAUGUUUAAUCACAACCUAGAGGAGAGCAAGAGGAGCAAGUCCCUGUACCCGGCCCAUGGCUCGGAAAACCCUUUCCUCAGCCACUCACUGAGGGACGACACCAGCAGCAGACUGAUCCACGGGCGUAGCUCCUCUGAUAUUUACAAACAGCUGGCAGUGGCUUCGCCAGCAGCGAUCCUUGGAGCAGCCCCCAUCAAAACGCGCAACGAUGCGAACAAUCUCCGCUCUUCCGUUAAAUCCACCACCUCAUACUGCUCACGGGAUGGGCGGAUAGCUAACGACAUGUACAAUAAGGAGCAUGUAAUGCCUUACUCUGCCAAUAAGACUAGUGCAUACCCAGCCUCACGUGGCGUCCUUAACUCAGCUCAAUUCAGCAAUAGACGGGUGUAUAAAAAAAUCCCUAGUCUGGAGUCAGAUGUUUAGUCAGAAAUUAAUAUGUUCUCCUCUCUGAGUUUGUAUUAUAAUUUGUCAUCCACUAAGGGAUGUCAUAGCCACACUUUUCUUCCCUUGACAUUGCAUUCUGAUGGAACCAUUACCCAUUUGGGUGCAACUGUACAGUUUCUGUCUUUACAGGUGAUAUCAUGAUUUUUCUCCAUUCUCUGCCAUGUACUAAUCAGUUGACAGUUUCAGAAAGUACUUUGCCAUUAUGUAUUGUGCCAUACCUAAGAUUAAUUAUUGUGUCCAUCAAUGUUGGUGGUAAGAAUGGUUCCAGAGAAGGCUUGCAAGUUUGAGUAUAGGGAUGAUUUGUUGUGAUUGAACAACUGGGGAAACCUCAAAGAGGAUGGCAGUAAUGUUGUGAAGAGGAGUCAACACAGGUUUGGAUUUGUCUUUGAACCUAUCCUCCUGAUCUAUAUUUCUACUACUUGCUUACGUCACAAUGAGCAAGCCCAGUGGUAAAUGUGGCUAGCGUAAAGUUGGCAAACUACAAUAAGAAUAAGAGAAAUGGAUGUGAAUGGGCUUAAUGGCACAACAAUUAGAAUUUUAACAUUUACAAGUAGUUGCUCACACCAAGUUUGGGAACAGGGAAAGUGCAAGCUCUACAAAUGAAAAAUGUUUACCGAAUGAUGAAUAUAUGUAAAAAGACUGACUGACAACACUGUAGACGAGCAGGAAAGACUAAAGCAAAGCACCGCUUUAAGAUUUAUGAGAGAUACUGACACGGUUAUCCGCCUGAAAGCUUCAAGUGGUUGCUUAAUUGUUAGCACAGCAACCAUUAGUUUGAAACCUUUUUCUAAUAAUCAGUUUUAAAAAGCAAUGCUUUCUAAAAAACAAAAAAAGGCAGUCGAUUUUUUUUUGCAUGAACAAUUUUUCCUCAUUGUAGACAAAGUAUUUUGUUGUUUAUAUUUCUUUAAAAAAGUUAGACAGGGAGGGUGUGCUUUCUUGCCAAGUAUAGUGGUUAGAACAUUUGUACAAUCGAAACUCUGACCUUAGUAAAUCAGUGUCCUGUUCAGAAGCUGCUGCUACAAUAGAGAACGAAAGGUGAAUGAGAACAUAGCAAAUACUGUAGGUGGAUAACAAGAGAGAAAAUAAUCAAAUGCAUCCGGGUUGGGGACUGGGUGCAGAUGUCUUAUUGUUCUGUGAACUCCAUGCAGAUGACAUACAGGGUACUAGUCAUUAUUUGAAAAACAGGACUCCUCCCUCUCCCUCUAGUUUGAUCACUUGGGUGUAAAAUGGGUUUCCGUUAAUUUUGUGGCUUCAUUUUUACACACACUAGUCACUAGAUAGUUUAGUGUACCACAGUUACCUCUUCUUGGUAAUAUUUUUAACCACAGACAAGCAGGGUUCCUGAUUUUGUUUACCUUCAUAUGUUUGGAUGUUUGAAUGAUGUGAGCCAGGUAAGAUGGCAUGGUAAGUAUUGUGUGUGCAUGGCAGUCCUUGGGUAAGCUUGAAGGAAAAAACAAUCACUGUUUUCUUUUCCCCAGUUCUGUUAGGUUAAUGAAAUAGUGUGUACAAUACUUUUGUAGCACUUUUACUGUGCUAAAGGUACAGUUGCAAAAGGUAAAAUAGGGAAAAAAAGACAUCUGACUCAUUAAUUUGAAAUCACAGAGAUAAAUUGUAUUAAAUGAAAUAUCUCAGGAUGAUGAUUCUGUGCAUUUUGAGGGAAAUUCAACCAUAAUAACACAAGAACACACUUUUUUUUUUAGAAAGCAAGCUAAAAAUUAAAAAGAAAAAAAAAAAAAAAAAAGAUAUAUAUAUAUAUCCAUAGCGGUAGCAAAGAGAACCAAACCUUUUCUUCAUUUGACAUGUCAAGGUCAUCCAGUUGAGGUGAAGGGCUGGGGUGCGCAUGGACAAGGGUGUGACUCAUGUGCAGUUUCACACCAGACCAAAAUGUUCUCUAUAAUAGAAUGAAGGAUGUUGCUUGGAGUUCCCAAAAUUGAGCCACCAUUUUUAUGAAAAUGUCUGUUUCUUUGUUUUUUUUUUAAAUUAAAUGACUACAUUUGACUGCAUUUCAGUUGAAGCUCAACAACCACAUCAUAUCACCCUUUCUUACUCUUGGAAUAACCAUUGCUUCAGCUUCACCCACUGACUGAUGAGCAAUAUGUUGUCCAUAAUAUUUUUUUUGCAUCUUAUCUGCAUAUUUAUUGUUAACAUAUAUAUAUCUCCACACACUGCUUGUGUGAGCUGAUGAGUGAACAAUGUUCACGUGUAAAAAAAAAAUUAUAUAUAUAUAUAUAUAUUAUCAAAAAGCACCCAUGCAUUUUAUUAUAGACUCAUGACAAUUUGUUUGAUUAUUUCUACUUUUGCAAAACUGUCAUAUAAACUGAAGCUGUUUUAUGUUGGAACACACAAGCACCCACAUGCACCCUUGUGAUGACAACCCUGCUCUUUUUAAUGGCAAAAAAUGUAUUUUUAAUUACAUUUAAUGAUAAAUAAUGAGGUGAUGGCAUGCAACCCAGAUGUAACUAUGUUUUAUGUUUGUUUUGUUUCAUUUUGUCAUGAUUGUUAUGAUCACUAAUGCUUUGUAACCAGGUGUGAGUAAAUACAUAUUUGAGCGUGAGAGAGAUGGGGGAUUAUCUACGUUUAACAUAAUGAAGACCCUGCUGCUGUUUUGGGGAGAGGAGGUGUAUUCCGACUCACUCAUUGGUGUGAAGGGUCAUUAUCAGGCCCUGUUAGGCCCAAUGGGAUUACAGGUCAGUGGUCAGGGCUUGGUUUGGUAGGGUGGGAAACCCAUGCUCUUCCUCCAUGGCAGGUGAGAGUUUGAAAAUAUAUCACCAGCUCUCCUUCUCUCCUCCCACACCUUCAAGUAAAGGCAGGACUUCAACUGUCAAGAAGAAAAACAAAAGAAAAACAACCCUAGACUUUUGAAUCUACUCUCCCUCCAAAGAAAUGAGACCUCUUUCUUUAUGGUUUGCUGUAAGAAAAGCUUUUUUUUUUAUUGUUAAUUUGGGUAAACUACAACUUCCUCAAAGACUUUUAAGGAACUAUUUUGAAUAUACUUAGAAAAUGACACCUGUAAACAUCACUUGUAAAUUCAUACUGGAAUACAUCAUCAUGGAGAAUUAUAAAUGAUAAAGAGUAAAAACAAUAUUUUUUGUGUGAAUUUCACAGAAGCUCUUCUGUGCACUCUCUUUAUCUCUUUCUCUUUAUCUCUUGCUAACUCUCUCUUUAUGUAGAGCGACUAGAAUAAAACUUCACCAUUCACAA